CCGGUUCACCGUCUUCUCUCCUCAGCAGCAGCAGCAGCAGCAGCAGCAGCUCCGGUCCUCUCAGCUCCUCUCAGCUCCUCUCAGCUCCUCUCUGUACCGGAGAGACACCGCCUCCAUUUUAAACCCGACAGCCGGACUCAGCAGCGGCUCGAGCGGACUCAGCGGCCGGCGGAGGGACACCUUCCUUCCUGCGGAGGGAUUCUCUCCCAGUGAGCCCGCGGUGAGGCGGCUGGCUCUAAGUGUGUGUGAUGGCGGCGCUGCGGCAUCGAGCAGCCGGGGCGGCGGAGCAGCACUGAGGAGAUAACAACGAUAAUACCGGAGAGGAGUUAAUAACGGAGACGUUGUUCUGCGGUGAGAUCUCCGUGAUUUACCGGAGAGAGGACGGGAGGAGGAUCUUCUGGUGGUUCAGGUUCUCUGCGAAGAUGCGGCAGUGAGCAUGCUCAGAGCGCUGAUCGUUACCAUGGCGAUAUACAGCGGCGGCCAUGCGUGCAGCGGCCAUGACAACUGCUCCGCCCACAGCGAGUCCAAAGACUACUGCUACUCGGCUCGCAUCCGCAGCACGGUGCUGCAGGGGCUGCCGUUCGGAGGGGUGCCCACCGUGCUCGCCCUCGACUUCAUGUGCUUCCUGGUGCUGCUCUUCGUCUUUUCCAUUCUACGUAAGGUUGCGUGGGACUAUGGACGCCUGGCGCUGGUCACCGACGCCGACAGACUCAAGAAGCGUUUCAGCGACCGGGAGGAGCGAGAAUACGUUGCCUCGGCGAUGCACUCGGAGACGCCCGACCGCUACGAACGCCUCACCUCCGUCUCCUCCUCCGUCGACUUCGACCAGAGAGACAACGGUUUUUGCUCGUGGCUGACGGCCAUCUUCAGAAUAAAGGAUGAAGAGAUCAGGGAGAAGUGUGGCGAGGAUGCCGUCCAUUACCUGUCCUUCCAGCGUCACAUCAUCGGCCUGCUGGUCGUAGUCGGCGUCCUCUCCGUCGGCAUCGUCCUGCCCGUCAACUUCUCCGGAGACCUUCUGGAAAACAACGCCUACAGCUUCGGACGCACCACGAUAGCCAACCUGAAGUCUGGGACGAAUCUGUUGUGGCUUCACACUUCGUUUGCCUUCAUGUAUCUGCUGCUGACCGUCUACAGCAUGAGGAGACACACGUCCAAGAUGCACUACAAGGAGGACGACCUGGUGAAGCGAACUUUAUUCAUUAACGGCAUCUCUAAAUACGCCGAGGAGAUUCACAUCAAACAACACUUUGAACAGGCGUAUGAGAACUGCACGGUGCUGGAGGCUCGGAUCUGCUACAACGUGGCCAAACUGAUGUCUCUGAACGCAGAGAGGAAGAAGACGGAGCGCAGUAAGAAGUUCUUCACUGACCUGAUGGCGAAGGAACACGUUCCCACCAUGAUCAACCCCAAACCCUGCGGACACCUCUGCUGCUGCGCCAUCACCGGCUGCGAGGAGGAGGAGGCGGUCAGCUACUACACCAAGACGGAGGCCAAGCUGAAGGAGGAGUACAGGAAGGAGAAGGAGAAGGUCCACACCAAACCGCUGGGCAUGGCCUUCGUCACCUUCCAGAACGAGUCCAUGACCGCCAUUAUUCUGAAGGACUUUAACGCCUGUCAGGUUCAGGGUUGUCGGUGUCGUCAGGAGCCUCGUUCCUCUCAGUUCAGCGAGGCGCUUCACGUUCACAGCUGGAGCGUUUCGUACGCUCCCGACCCGCAGAACGUCCGCUGGGAGCACCUGUCGCUGGGUGGGAUCUCCUGGUGGAUCCGCUGCUUCAUCAUCAACGUCAUCCUCUUCCUCCUGCUCUUCUUCCUCACCACGCCCGCCAUCAUCAUCUCCACCAUGGACAAGUUCAACGUCACAAAGCCUGUCGAGUAUCUCAACAAUCCCAUCGUCACUCAGUUCUUCCCCACUCUGCUGCUCUGGGCUUUCUCUGCUCUGCUGCCCACCAUCGUCUACUACUCGGCCUUCUUCGAGGCUCACUGGACCAGGUCUGGAGAAAACAGGACGACGAUGCAUAAAUGUUACACCUUCCUGAUCUUCAUGGUUCUGCUGCUGCCGUCUCUCGGACUCAGCAGUCUGGAUGUUUUCUUCCGAUGGCUCUUUGAUAGGAAGUUCCUGGCUGAUGCCACAGUCAGAUUUGAGUGCGUCUUCCUGCCGGAUAACGGAGCGUUCUUCGUCAACUACGUCAUCGCCUCUGCGUUCAUCGGUAACGCCAUGGACCUGCUGAGGAUCCCCGGCUUGCUCAUGUACAUGAUCCGACUGUGCCUGGCUCGCUCCGCCGCCGACCGCCGCAACGUCAAGAGGCACCAGGCCUAUGAGUUUCAGUUCGGAGCGGCGUACGCCUGGAUGAUGAACGUCUUCACGGUGGUGAUGGCGUACAGCAUCACCUGCCCCAUCAUCGUCCCCUUCGGUCUGAUGUACAUGUUGCUGAAACACCUGGUGGACCGAUACAACAUGUACUACGCCUACCUGCCCUCCAAACUGGACAAGAAGAUCCACUCUGGAGCCGUCACCCAGGUGGUGGCGGCGCCCAUCCUCUGCCUCUUCUGGCUGCUCUUCUUCUCCACCGUGCGCACAGGUUUCGAGACGCCAACCUCGAUGUUCACGCUGGUGGUUCUGAUCGUCACCAUCGUGGUCUGUCUGUCUCACGUCUGCUUCGGACACUUCAAGUACCUCAGCGCUCACAACUACAAGAUCGACACCAAGGAGACCGACGUGGACGCUGUCGAGAACGGACGUCCAGCUCGUCCCACGUCCUCCCCGAUCACCAAAUCUCAGCAGCAGCAGCAGCAGCAGCAACAGCAGCAGCAGCAGCAGAUGUACAUCGCCCAGGUGCUCCAGGACCCGAACUCGGACGAGCCGGGCGGGGGCAGCGGCGAGGAGGACCGAGGGUCGUCACAGGACGAGGAGUUGCUGAACGGAGGCAACAGCAUCAACGAGGCGGAUUUUCAGUCAGGGGAGGACAGUCUGAUCGCCAACGAGGUCCACCAGUAGCUGGGGGUGGAGCUAAAGGGAGGGGGCGGAGCUAGUUGAGGGUCUAUACCCACACAACAGUUAGAGAAUAAAGCUGACUGAAUCACUACACACAUAGACACACAUACAGAUAGACUGACACGGUUAGCUCCACCCUCUCCCAGCUCGAAGACUUGACCCUGACUUGACGCCGGCGCCGGGUCGCCAACAUCCAGUCCUGCACGUCUGUGGAAACUUGAUGGACAUCAAACUGUUUCUGCAGGAAUUCACUGUACAUAACCACAAAGCCAAAAGUUUUUUUGUUUGUUUUUUUCUCGGGGUUGGGGGCGGGGUUUAAAAAUUCGUGCCUGGGUUGGAUUUCGUUUGUUCGCACUCGUGUCUUGACUCCUGAUCCUACCGCAGGUCGCCGGGACUCGACCUGUGGAGUGUGUCGAAGCUGAUGCUGACGCUGUCUUUCUCCUCGGCCUGGUGGACGCUUUCCACACGAACCCCCGUCGUCCCCCCGUCGAGUGCUAAAUAAGUCGCCAACCGCCAGCUCUCGUAGUGGUAGAAGCCUCGCUUACGCAGACGCAUCGCGGUCUCCCUUCCCUGGUCGCCGUUUUUCUUUUUUGUGCGUCACGGAUUCAACACAUCACCUCGAAGUUCUGUUUUGGUUUUUUUUACCUGCCAAGCUUUCGCUGCAUGCUGUUAAAACGUGCUGUCUGGAUUCAUGACGUCGCCACCUGCAGACGAUGUCAUCCGUCGCAGGACUGCGGCGGCCGAUGAACUCGCCGGAUUUCCAUCCCGAUCCCAGCAGCACUUCCUCCUACCUGAUUCCUCUUCAGUUGGACCGCUCCUCGACCGCCGAACCACCGAACCACCGAACCACCCAGACUCCACGCGAUCAUUUCUUUCAUUUCUGGUUUUGAUUUCAGCCGAACGACCUUAAAUCAGGUGGCGAAGGGAACGUGGACGUUUGUGUCCGUCUUCAUCGAUCAGAAGUCUUCUCGUUAGGGGGACGGGGACGGUGAGAAGACGCUCUGACAGCAGCAGCAGUAGUCGAUAGUUUGAGCUCGGUAGACGCAGAAGAGCAGCGCUUUUCGUCCGGACCGUCUACCCUCAACGCCUGAAGCUGUCGGGACUCUCAAGGGACAACGUUUUCUGUUUGUGUGUGUUCUCAAGUGUGUGUGUGUGUGUGUGUGUGUGUGUGUGUGUGUGUGUGUGUGUGUGUGUGUGUGUGUGUGUGUGUGUGUGUGUGUGUGUGUGUGUGUGUGUGUGUGUGUGUGUGUGCGCGCAUGUGUGUCCAGUAGCUUAUUGUGCACCAACCUGCACCAUGAAGGAUUCGGUGACAUCACCAGGUCACCAAAACACCGCAACAUCUGGCUAACAAGCUCCCUAAACCGGCCGUCUGUCUCCUGUAGACUGAGCUCAACCAGCUGACCUUUGACCUUUGACCUUCACCUCCUCGACGCCGUCACUGCUGCAGUUUGAGCCCAAACGGUCGCGUUUAUAUUUAGUCCAACUGAAAUAUCACCGGAUGUUUCAUCUCUGUGUGUCCGGGACGUAGACGGGUCCACGACGUCUUCAGCUUCUCUUACAAAAAAGCCCAAAGCCUAGCUUAGCAUAAAGCCUAGCUUAGCAUAACGCCUAGCUCGUCGUUCUCCUCGUUAGUUUCUAUCUGUGUUUGAUAUUAAGACCGAAAUAUUGUCUUCUUGGUCCAGCUAGCUUAGCGGUAGCUUCUAGGUCUUGAUGAAAUAUUUCACGAGGACAUGCACAUUCAUUACGCUGUGACACUUUCUGCUAGGACCGGGUCUUUGUGCUAAGCUAGGCUAGGCUAACAGUACUUCCUGUCUCUGUGCUAAGCUAGGCUAGGCUAACAGUACUUCCUGUCUCUGUGCUAAGCUAG